AUGGACUCAACUAAGCAACAAGCGCAAAAGCUCCUGGUCGCGGUGACGGCAGUGCUAGCGGUGCUAGCAAAGCGGGCAAGCCGUCUACCGCGGAAACUGAAGGAGGCGCCGCGGAAACUGAAGCAGACGCCAAAGGAAGAGUGGAUGAUCGAGUUGCGGUCGCCAAAGAAGCUUCUGAGCAACAUAGGAGGGAAAACACUGCCAUUUCUGCCGAAGAGGAGCAAGAAAAAGCGCGACGAGAAGGAUUGGGGAAACGGCGGUGUGUGGCAGAAGACAAUCCUAAUGGGGGACAAGUGUGAGCCGUUGGAUUUCUCAGGAGUAAUCUAUUACGAUAAUAACGGGAAGCAGGUGAACGAGAUCCCUCUUAGGUCACCACGUGCCAGUCCCGUGCCCGGCUAUUACUUCAUCCGUCACAGAGAACAGCGCGAUCACCAGCCAUGA